GCAGGCGUGACUCAGUGCUGCUCGUUGAUUGGCUGGUUUCACUGGACCCUUAGGAUCAUAUAUAGGAACGAAGCAAAGGAACGUGUUAAGAAAAAAGUUGACUGACAUGGCGAAUAAUGUCUUGUUGAAGCUGCUUCGUGUCUCUACGGCCGCGCACUUGGCGAGGCUCCGUCCGCUGCGGGUGAAGGCAGAUCAUCUGAGGGCUGCAGGCUGCAGACGCUCCUGCAGUUCUACGGAGCAGAUCAGCCGCUAUCCUGUCCCUUACAGAAAGGACAUGCCUUAUGAUAUAGUAGAGCUUAUGGAGGAAGUGGAGUCAAAGGGAGGCUUUUUGCCAAAUGUCUUCAAAGUCCUCUCUCACAGGCCGGCAGAGUUCAGAGCUUUCUUCGCCUACUACAAUGAACUGAUGAACAAGGAAACAGGCAGUUUAACCAAGGCAGACCGGGAGCUGAUUGUUGUUGCCACCAGCAGUUACAACAAAUGUCUUUACUGUGUGGUGUCCCAUGGUGCCCUGCACCGCAUUUACUCCAAGAAACCUACUCUAUCUGAUCAGGUUGUUGUUAACUACAAAGUUGCGGAGCUUACGCCUCGGGAGCGCGCCAUGCUGGACUUUGCGAUGGCCGUGUGUCGCUGUGACACCAUCACUGAGGAACACUUCCGUUCUUUGGAGGAAGUCGGCUUCGACCGCGAGGACGCCUGGGAUAUCGCCGCCAUCGCCGCUUUCUUUGCCAUGUCCAACAGGCUUGCCCAUCUGACGGACAUGAGGCCCAACUUGGAGUUUUUUAACAUGGGCCGUGUUCCCCGCGACAAAAGCAGCAACAAGGCAGAGGAGAAAUAGUAGAGCAGGAAAGCUGUGUGAUGAGGAGGAUUUUCUGAAGGCAAAAAGUGAGGAGUGAUGCAACACAUUCAUACAGCCAAAACAUUUUCCAGGUUUCUUGUUUUCCUUUUUUUUUUUGUUUUUUUUACUGCUGUGAAAAUAGAGGAAAUGUUCAUUACAAACCUGAGAAGGAGGGCUGAAUAAAAUACACUGAAUUGUUAUUGAUUACAACUACAAUUAAAGACUGCAACUGCAAAGUGUUUUAAAAUAACUGGUUUCAUGAAGCAGCAUCAUGUUGGAAGAUAAAGCACAAAGAACAUUUUCCUCUUAUCUUUGAACGCACACGUGUUCUACAAAUGUGAUUAUUACUCUACAAACUGUGAGCACAAAGAUAAAAGAAGAAUCAGUUCUGGUUAUAAGGUUCCAUGUGAAUGAUUUGUGUAUUUUUUCAGGAGGGUUUUUGUUUAUAGGUCACUCAUAUUAGGUCUUUUUAUUCUUUAACUGUUGUGGUUUUCUUCCAUCAUGUUAGUUAUCUUUGGGAUUUUUGGACCAUAAACAUUUUUGUUUGGGUAGAAUUAGAACAUUAAGACAAAAAUGGGCUGUUUCAAUCGGAUGCCAAUGUUCAGACGUAGAGAAAUUGCAUUUUUAAAUCCCUGUCUGUUUGGAGUAUUCUUCACAUUGCCAAUAAAUAAUUACAAUUGCUGUUGUUGACAACUGCAAA